AUGAACCAGAAAGUCUGUUUGCUGACAGAGAACGACAACAUUUCCAUUUGCCUGUACGCCUAUGCGCUGGGCGCGGUCAGCAUCAUCUUCACCUUUGCCAUCGGGCUGCUUCAGAUCUGUACAUGCAACUUGUGCGGAUGCGGCGCUGUCAUGGACAGUGUUUUUGCAGUGAUGGCGGCUGGUUGGUGGGUCGUGGGCGCUUUUGUGAUCUCGUCUAACUCCAGCAGCGCCAGCAAGGCCGGUCGCCCAGCCCGUGAGUGGCGCGAGGCGGUCGCUUGGCUGACAUGGAUCAGCGCAGGGCUGUUUGGCGCGCUGUUUGCGGUGCACAUAUCCCGCGUCAUCUCAAAGUACUGCUGCAAGCGGCGUGGUGCCACAAGUGAGAGCGAGAAGUCGAUACUGGGGGCCAACAAGCCGCGCAGCGCAGCGCUGGAGCUUGGCAAGGAGGUGCGCGGCCGUGCCUACCUGGCUGGCAAUGGCGGCAAGGCCCCCCUGCAGCAGCAGUUCAUGGGCAACGCAGGCAACAUUUAG